AUGGAGGACGGUACUCGAGGGAUCUUGCAAGAUUUGACCCAUCACCGCACUGCUACACCAAAAGCAUCUGCAGCAGAUUCUAAAAAGGAUUCCAAAUCCGCAUCGCCACGACAGCAACAUGACGAAGACGAGAGGCCAUCAGCUAGACCAGAAUCACGUCCUAAAGUCAAGGAACAGCAGAUAUCUUCCUCAAGACCUGCUGGCUUAAAAUCAAAACCACAACCAAAGUCUCAUUUUGAUGAUGACGAGGAUGAAGAUUCGGAAGACAACGAUGCACCGGUACGACCUAAACCGUCAUCUCAUGACCUACCGUCAACGCCUGUGAUGAGUGAACGCCCUGGAAGUACUCAACGAACAGGUUUUAGUCCUGUGAAACAAGGAGCCACGAAGCUUAUUGUUUCCACAACCUCCAAGGACCAUCACGACGAUGAAAACGAUGAUUACGAUGAUGAAGUUGAUGAAGACGAUAAUGUGGCCACCAAAACAUACAAACACGGACAACCUCAACCGCAACAGCCAGCUAAACGUCCGGGGAGCCCGAUUAGACAGUCGUUAUCAGUAUUGCAGCACUCAUUGGCACCACUGUCGCAUAAAGAAGCAGACGAUUCCGAAGUGGAAGAAAAGCCAAAGCCUCAGAGGCCUGGAAGCCCAAUAAGGCAUGCUUUAUCGAUGUCGUCAACAUCUAGUAUCAACCGUAAAGAGCCAUCACGCCCAGCACAACACGGCGAUGAUGAUGAAGAUGACGAUCACAUACCUCCAAAACCAAGCAGUCCUAUCCGUCAUACUUUGUCAAUGUCUCGGCCGUCAGCUAUUUCAACGGCACAGAAGGAACCGUCGCCUCGAAAGCCUUUAUAUGAUAGUAGUGAAGAUGAAAAAGUGGUCGCAAAGUCAACAACGUCAAAGAACAAGAAAAGCGAAGACGAGGAGAGUUUCCCUGUUAAACAUCGAGUGGAAGGUAGUAAACCAACCAAACAGGUAGCUCGUCCUCAACGAGACGAAGCGAAUUCAAUUCGAAAACCUACAUCAGCUAUGGACAAGAUUACUCCUUCGCAAGAACCACUGUCUCGCCCGGCAACUGGUUCCUCGUCGUUUACAGUCUCAAGCUCAGAUUUGAGAAUGGGUUCAAGUGGGAAACGACCAUCAGCAGAUGUUUUAUUAGCUCGAAUCAACAAUUCACCAAAAGUAAUGGAAUCCAAUCGGCCAUCGAGUCCAACCAAGGCUUCAGCACCAAAGCCUGCUGGUAGUUCACCCACCAGUGCUCCGCCUACUCACAAAGCAUCACCAUUGGUGGCGAAAAAACCAUCCCCCACACUACAACCGGAUCGGAUCGCACAAGAACCUCAUCGUGUUACUCCAAAACCGUCUCUAUCACACAAAUCAUCUACGGGAUCCUUGUCGAAAUUGGAUCCACUUGCGUCUCAUCACGGGUCAGGAAUUCUCAAACCAUCUGCAUCUGGUCCAGGAGAUUUGGAUCUAGUGACAUCCAUGGCUGCACGUCUGAACAAACUGGAAGCCGAGAUUCGACUAUUGCGUGGUGAUAUACAAACGAAGAACGUCACCAUUCAGAAACUCGAAAAUGAGAUCGAAUUGUUUUCACACCAUCAAGGUGAAGCCAACGACCAUGAACAGAAUGCCAAGAUUGAGUUUCUGGAAGCAAAAUCAAGAAAAUUGCAAGGUCAGGUUGAUGAGAUGGAGUCAUUCCUUGCACGAUAUGACAUGAUUUGGGAAGACGCUUCCACUCGUCCUGGCAGUGUGGGGACGUCACGUCAAAGUUCAAGGCCAGUAUCUGCUGCAUCGUCAUUGUUGUCUGUAAGCUCUCGAGUGGGCCCUGUCGAAUUUCCCUAUGAAAUGGAUCGCAUUCGAGCUCGGGUCACAGAGUUGAACGUCUUGGCUGGCGAAGGAGUCGCUUAUGUACAGUCUGGACGGGCUGGCGCAUCACUAAAAAUGCAAGCUGCUCUUCCUUUAUCCCUAUAUCGCAACGGAUUUGCCUUACGAUCAGGUCCAUUCCGACCAUUUUCGGACAAGUCGACAAAGAUGUUUAUGAGGGAUUUGCUAGAUGGUUACUUCCCAUUCGAGUUGAAGGACCAAUAUCCCGAUGGAGUUCCCUUUGAUUUGAGAGAUUACCAUACCACGGCGUAUGACGAUCAACCUAAAUACAUUCCAUUCAGUGGUCAAGGCCAUAUUGUCGGCUAUGCCGGUGAACCAACGUCCAGGCCGACAUCUUCAAAAACGAUACAUUCCACCACGACCGUCUCGAAACCAAACCCCGCUGUCACCCACUUCACGAGCCACGAAGAGGACGCGAGCAGUAGUCAGUCUCGACUGUGGAAUCCUGAAGCAUCAGUCGGUGGUCAAUAUUCAUGGCUCAAGAGCGAACACGAUCGUCACGAUUCAUCCUUGAAUCUCCAUCCAGUCGAACGACACGCUCGCUUCAGGGAAGACACGCCCCCGGCUCACGAUUCCAGUCUCAGCUGUUUGAAUGAUUCACCUUUGAAAAAGCAAAGCAAAGAAAACUUCCUCCAACAAAUACCUAAAUGUGUAAUCAAGAAUGGCCAAAUUGUCAAUGUGCGUGAAGGAAUCAAUAGCUUUUUGGAUGGUCGCUCCGAGUCUUCUUCUUCCCUUCUACCACCCACAUCAGCUUCAGCAGCACAUGUUUCAGAGGCGACAAGACACGAUCCAAAACACGAUCCAAAACACCCUCCUAUCAUCAAAACAGUUGUGAUUCCAACAACGGUUGAUAUGGCUGACCGUCAUUCUACACGUCGCUCUCAUUCGGUGCUGAGUCCUCAUCCACCAGUGUCGCGUCCUUCAUCUCGACCAGCAUCCCCCAUACGCAAGGCGGCUGGGUCUCAAGACCAUCUACAAAACCAUGUGGAGCACGUAACACCUUACGAUCAAAUCACAACGUUAAAGAUCCAUGCUCCUGAUGAUUGCACUGAAUAUUUUGUGAGAAUGUAUGCUAAGCAGACGAUAAAGGAGCUCAGAAACAUGUUGGAUGAACAUAUACUCAAAAUUUAUGGCGAGUACAGUCUGAAACCAUCAUUUCCUCAAAAGAAGCCUUUUGAUCCUCAAAUGACCUUGGAGGAAUGUGGGCUAGUGCCCAACGCAAAGCUGUAUAUAUGUCACAGACACAAGUAG